UGUCCCUUUUUGAUCCUACUAUGGACACUUUGCAUUCAACUAUCAAAGGUACUUAGUACAUUACCAUCCACAUGCACACCCCUUCCUACCUUUGGCUUUUCAUCGUUAUACCUUGCUUUAGCUAGUCUACAUAUAACUUUCAUCCACUGUAAUAUCCACAACUUGAAGCCAUCAAGGUGUUCAAGCCAAAGUUACUAUACCACUCUAUACCACUCUUGGCCGUUACAUAUCCGUUACAUGUCAGGUGUGGCCCAGGUCAGUCACCAGACUAUCCUCUUUUACCGAUCCCGGCGUUGCAUUUCCCCCCAUCCUCUCCCCUUAUCAAGCAGCUGUGGUGAUAAGGCGUCACCACAUUCACCCACCUUCUCCUCUUGGCCAUCUUGGAACAUUAUGGUCUAAUCAUUAUACGUAGUAGCGUAGAGCCAGACCAAACUCAAGCUCUCAAAUACCUCAAGCUUCAAGGUUCUUAUAGGCAACUACUUAGGGGACAUUGCUUGAAAUACAUCAAAUACUCGAUAUCUGCUCUUUAAUUCCCUUCCCAAGUAAACCACAUUGACGUACCUAAGAACAAUAACCCUCGUAGUAGCUAUCAAAUUGCAAUCAUCAUGGGUGUGCAACAGUCUAAGCCCGAGGCGCCUGCGUAUGAGAAAGCCGUUCGCGAUCUCGUACAAUCUCUCAAGUCUGAAGAUGACUUCGUCCACGUAACUGCCGAGAAGGGGAAUCUUGCCCAUGGAGGCAUAACCAGACAACCUGAGCAGCUCGCCAUUGGGCUUACGCAAAACUGGCAGUCCAAGUUACUUGCCGAUCCCAAGAACAGAUUGGCUCUCUCAGCCCUCAGCUCUGCCAACCCGCGCGAGGUCCUGGCAUCGCGAACCGCCAAGAUCGCCGACCAGCAGGUGUUCAACGUGCGCAUCCCGUUCGAGGGCGCGCCCAUCACGAACCAGCGGUCCUCGGGCCGGUGCUGGCUCUUCGCCAGCACGAACGUGUUCCGCAUCGCCAUCAUGAAGAAGUACAACCUGGAUGCGUUCGAGCUGUCGCAGGCGUACCUGUUUUUCUGGGACAAGCUCGAGAAGUCCAAUUUCUUCCUCGAGAACAUCAUCGACACCGCCGACCAGCCUCUAGACGAGAGACUGGUGCAGAGGCUGCUGGCCGAUCCCAUCAGCGAUGGCGGACAGUGGGACAUGGUGUACAACCUCGUCGAGAAAUACGGCCUCGUGCCGCAGACCCUGUACCCGGAUAGCUGGAACGCCAUGAGGAGCAGCACCAUCAACUCCAUCAUCGUCGCGAAGCUGCGCGAGUACGCCAUGAUCCUCCGGCGCCUCGCCAACAGCUCCGCCACCACCGCCGCGACCUUAUCCGCCACCAAGGACAAGAUGAUGCGCGAGAUCCACCUCGUCCUCAUCCUGACCCUCGGCCCACCCCCCAGCACCACCGACGAGUUCGAGUGGAACUACCUCGACAAGGACGGCAAGGCGCGCACGCUCACCUCGACGCCGCACAGGUUCGCGCAGGACAUCUCCUCCCCCGAGUUCCGCAUCAGCAGCACCGCGAUCGCGAGCAUGGUGUCCCUCGUGCACGACCCGCGCCACGACCCGCUCACGCUCAUGACCGUGGACCGCCUCGGCAACAUCGUCGGCAGCCGCGGCAUCACGUACAUCAACGUCGACAUGGCGACGCUCAAGCACGCGUGCGUCUCGAUGCUGCGCGCCGGCCUCCCCGUCUUCUUCGGCUCCGACGUCGGCAAGUACAGCGACUCCGCCGCCGGCAUCAUGGACCUCGACCUCGUCGACUACGAGCUCGGGUUCAACGUCGCGCUCUACGGGAAAGACCUGGACAAGGCCGCGAGACUGAGGGUCGGCGAGUCCGCGAUGACGCACGCGAUGGUGCUCACGGCGGUGCAUGUCGAGGGCGCGGGGACGCCGGUCAGGUGGCGCGUGCAGAACUCGUGGGGCCCUGAUGCCGGGACGAAAGGGUGGUUUGUGAUGAGCGAUAAGUGGAUGGAUCAGUUUGUUUACCAGGCCGUGGUGGAUCCGAGGUUUUUGGCGAAGAAGGUUAGGGAUGUGUUGAGUAAGGAGCCGGUUGUGCUGCCGUUGUGGGAUCCGAUGGGGAGUUUGGCUUAGGGGGGUGGAAGGGGGGCAUGAGUUUCCGAGCGAGCUUUAGAUUUGUUCUUGAGGGAGGGGGUUUCUUUUUGGGUUUUGAUGAUUUUUAUGUGGGUGGUAUGCUAUAUCUAGGUGCUUAUAUAUCCGUGUUAGUGGGAAGGGGGCGAGGCUUUGGGCAGGUGUAUUGGUAGAUGUUAGGAGUCUCUAUACAGUCAUUACACUUUUGGUCGAGUUUGGCUGGUUAUCUUACUUGCGUGCGGAGAUGUCUUUGCAGUUAUGUGUGUUGGCAUGUUGCGCUUGUUACAGUUUCUAUCUGGGUACUGGGCAGGUAUAAGGUAGGUAGGUAAAUGGUUAGUUCUCCUACUUUCUAUAAUACCUACCUACCCAUAUGGCAGUGUGACAACUUGUACUUAAGAGGUAGGUAGUAGGGAGGCAGGAACUGGUUCUGCUGCAGUGGUGUUUGCCUACCUACCUAGGUAUGUAAGUAGUUGCUACUAAAUCGCGAGGGCACAGGAUGAGGAUAAAGUAGAAUUAAAUAAGGAAGAGAAGUCAGUACCUAUCCCUCCC